AUGGGUAAAGAGAAGUCUCAUAUUAACGUCGUCGUUAUCGGUCAUGUCGAUUCUGGUAAGUCUACCACUACCGGUCAUUUGAUUUACAAGUGUGGUGGUAUUGACAAGAGAACCAUCGAAAAGUUUGAAAAGGAAGCCGCCGAAUUAGGUAAGGGUUCUUUCAAGUACGCUUGGGUUUUGGACAAGUUAAAGGCUGAAAGAGAAAGAGGUAUCACCAUUGAUAUCGCUUUGUGGAAGUUCGAAACUCCAAAGUACCAAGUUACCGUUAUUGAUGCUCCAGGUCACAGAGAUUUCAUCAAGAACAUGAUUACUGGUACUUCUCAAGCUGAUUGUGCUAUCUUGAUUAUUGCUGGUGGUGUCGGUGAAUUCGAAGCCGGUAUUUCCAAGGAUGGUCAAACCAGAGAACACGCUUUGUUGGCUUUCACCCUAGGUGUUAGACAAUUGAUUGUCGCUGUCAACAAGAUGGACUCCGUCAACUGGGACGAAUCCAGAUUCCAAGAAAUUAUCAAGGAAACCGCUAACUUCAUCAAGAAGGUUGGUUACAACCCAAAGACUGUUCCAUUCGUCCCAAUCUCUGGUUGGAACGGUGACAACAUGAUUGAAGUCACCACUAACGCUUCUUGGUACAAGGGUUGGGAAAAGGAAACCAAGGCCGGUGUCGUCAAGGGUAAGACUUUGUUGGAAGCCAUUGAUGCCAUUGAAAUGCCAUCCAGACCAACUGACAAGCCAUUGAGAUUGCCAUUGCAAGAUGUUUACAAGAUCGGUGGUAUCGGAACUGUGCCAGUCGGUAGAGUUGAAACCGGUGUUAUCAAGCCAGGUAUGGUUGUUACUUUCGCCCCAGCCGGUGUUACCACUGAAGUCAAGUCCGUUGAAAUGCAUCACGAACAAUUGGAACAAGGUGUUCCAGGUGACAACGUUGGUUUCAACGUCAAGAAUGUUUCCGUCAAGGAAAUCAGAAGAGGUAACGUCUGUGGUGACUCCAAGAACGAUCCACCAAAGGCUGCUGCUUCUUUCAACGCUACCGUCAUUGUUUUGAACCAUCCAGGUCAAAUCUCUUCCGGUUACUCUCCAGUUUUGGAUUGUCACACUGCCCACAUUGCUUGUAAAUUCGACGAAUUGUUGGAAAAGAACGACAGAAGAUCUGGUAAGAAGUUGGAAGACCAUCCAAAAUUCUUGAAGUCCGGUGACGCUGCUUUGGUUAAAUUCAUUCCAUCUAAGCCAAUGUGUGUUGAAGCUUUCAGUGAAUACCCACCAUUAGGUAGAUUCGCUGUCAGAGACAUGAGACAAACCGUCGCUGUCGGUGUUAUCAAGUCUGUUGACAAGACCGAAAAGGCCGCUAAGGUUACCAAGGCUGCCCAAAAGGCUGUUAAGAAAUAA